AUCAGAAAUGGAUUCAGAGACGCAUACAUGAGAUAUAUGCAUGACUGAGAUACUUACAACAGUAGUACAACAUACGGUGUGCAGUUAUAAGUACUGUGACACUUGAUUCGAGGGGAUGAAGAAUGAGUCUAAAGGAGACAAUAUUGUCUGAGCUUACUGCACAAAUGAAAUUAAAGAGGGAGAGCUUAAUACAACUGAUCUGGAUGGAGAUAAGGAAGUCACAUGUGAGCACUGCGGAGGGAUGUUCAUCGCUAAAGAGUUUCAAGAGCAUUUAAAUAAUUGUAAAGUAUACCUUCAGACAAUUGAAGAAGAUAUAAAGAAGAAUAAAUUCAAAGAUAUUCAGAAAACUGUCAAUAGAUCCACCUUUAAAUGACCUUUUUGAGAGAGCAAGAACUUAGAAAGGAAAGAUCUGAUAACUCACGUAGAAUACGAACAUGGGGAUUGCCCAGGAGUAUGCCCUAUCUGAGUUGUUCAGGAAUAUGGAGACCCAAAUUAUGUAUCCCAAAACCUGCUUGGACAUAUGAAGCACAGACAUUCCUAUGACAUGGACACCUACAUGGCUUAUGGAGAGACAGAUGACGAUGUCUUAGCCCAGGUCUUAGCAGCUUCGAUGAAUGAGCUCUAAUCAACUGAUCGGAUA